AUGACUAUCAUAAAAGGCUGCUCUUCGCAUAGUCUAGUGUUGUCUCGACAUCUUUCGUCUCCUGCGUUGCACCCAGCGUCAGUUAUCACCCGAAGGUGCCCUGUCGGAAUCGAUCGUCCUGGCUUAAAUCAGCCACAACCACCCUUGAGACUCCAGUGCGAAGGCGUCUUCCUCGUUCAAGCUGGGGGAGAAACAAGCAGCCCCCAGCACCGAACAGCAGUGGCCGGAGACGUACGAACAAUAUUUGUAGGCUCUACAAAGUUUUGUGCUAAACAGCAGGCAAAAGUCCAUCUGAGAGUAUCACAAGGAGGCUUACAGAUGGAUGAUCACCUGUGCAUAUUUUAUUCAGUGUUUACAUCAGAUUACCUCUUCACAGCCUCUGACGGAGAUAUUCAGGUGCGGCUAAUACUCCAUUACGCACAGGCGAUUAUUCCAGACGCGAUAAUGGGGGGCCUGGAACAGGUAGAAGGAACAUGGUGCUGGCAACGUAACAACCAUAUCCCAGUGCAGCCAGGGUAUGUGAAACCUGACAUUGACACUCCAUGUCAAAACUUAGGUCUGUUCAACUGUUGUCGUGCUAGUCAUCUUUGUUCCAUCCCGUCGAGACUUGAGGAUGGUCGAGCCAACACAGGUUGCCAUUUAAGACGCGAUCUAGUGAACUGGAAAUGGCAAGAAGCCGGGGACCCUUCGUCAUUCAGGUCGCGACGCUUGUAUUUCGUUGGGCAUCAGUGCUCAAGUACAAGAGUUGGCUCCUUUGGUGAGCAAUUGCCGAACGCCAACAUGGCCCCCAAGAAACGCUGCAGAUGCGGAUACUUAGACAGCUUUUAA